AUUAGGUUUUAGCAAUUAAUAUGUUUAACUUUUAAUUGUAUUUUUAUAAUUUCAUGGCGAGUAACUUAUGUGUAAAACAAUUCAUUAUAACUGUAUAAAUACUACUUAUUUUUAAUUUUUUUACUUAAUCCUAAAUAGUGGUGUUAGUUAAAAUAAGUUUUUAAAACAUAGAUUUUGUACAAUUACGGACACAUUAUGUUUGGGACUGAAAUUAUAUGUGAUUUUUAAAAUUUAUGCAGUCUUUUUUAUCGAAUUUAUUUACAAUAGAUCAUAUUUAGAGUAUUAAUUAAAUUGUAAAACUUAUCAUUUGAUAAAACAUAGCUAUGUUAAGCAGCUGGACCAAACAUUCACUUCAUUGUAUUCUAUUAGUACUUGUAAUAGCUACAUUUGAAAUUUGGUCUGGAGGAGUAAAACUUUCAAAAGACGUUCAAAAUACUUUUAAUUUUAACCCAUGGGAACGUUAUGGAUUCAUGUGGUGCUUUAUGCUGUAUUUACUACGAUUUUUAACAUUUUUACCUCUACCUCAAGUAAUAUUAAACUUUGGUGGCCUAACACUAUACAAUGCAUUUCAAGAUAAAGUCAUGUUAAAGGGAUCACCUUUAUUAGCUCCGUUUAUUUGCAUUCGUAUAGUAACAAGAGGUGAUUAUCCUCAACUUGUCAAAGCUAAUGUUGCUCGCAAUAUGGCUAGAUGCUUGGAAACUGGUCUUGAAAAUUUUAUCAUCGAAGUAGUAACAGAUAAGUAUGUUGGAUUACCUGUUCAUAGGAGAAUUAGAGAAGUUGUUGUACCAAAGUCUUAUAAAACUAGAACUGGCGCUUUAUUCAAAUCUAGAGCUCUUCAAUAUUGUCUUGAAGAUAAUGUAAAUAUGUUGGCUGAUUGUGAUUGGGUUGUUCAUUUAGAUGAAGAGACACUCUUAACAGAAAAUUCUAUUAAAGGCAUUUUAAAUUUUGUUAUUGAUGGCAAACAUCAAUUUGGUCAAGGUCUUAUUACCUAUGCUAACGAAGAAGUUGUAAAUUGGUUUACAACUUUAGCUGAUAGCUUUAGAGUUGCAGAUGAUAUGGGUAAACUUAGAAUACAGUUGUCAAUGUUCCACAAGCCACUUUUAAGCUGGAAAGGAUCUUUUGUAGUCACACAGCUAGGGGCUGAACGACAUAUUUCAUUUGAUAACGGAUUAGAUGGAUCAAUUGCAGAAGACUGUUUCUUUGCUAUGAGAGCAACAAAGGAAGGAUACACAUUUAACUUUAUUGAAGGGGAAAUGUGGGAGAAGUCCCCGUUUUCUCUUUGGGAUUUUAUACAGCAACGUAAACGUUGGCUUCAAGGCAUCUUAUUGGUAGUACAUUCUGUUGCUUUACCAGCAAAAACUAAAAUAUGGUUAGCAUUAUCAUGUUACUCAUGGGUAACUUUGCCGUUAUCGACAUCAAAUUUAAUAUUAGCGAGAUACUUUCCUAUUCCAUGUCCAGCUAUAAUGGACUUUGUUUGUGCUUUUAUAGCAGGAGUAAACAUAUACAUGUACAUAUUUGGAGUUAUGAAAUCAUUUUCUUUGUAUCGCUUUGGCUUAAUUAAAUUUACAUUGUGUAUCAUUGGCGCUUUAUGUACAAUACCUUUUAAUGUUAUAAUUGAAAAUGUUGCAGUAGUAUGGGGACUUUUUGGUAACAAGUACAAAUUUUAUGUUGUGCACAAAGAAGUUAAACCUCUUGUUACUGUAUAAUUGUAAAGUUAAUGUGUUCAUUUAACUGGAUCUGAUAAAUGGGAGGGAAAGACUAUCUUGCCAUUACUAAGUAUACAUCAUAUUAGCUAGAUACCACAUGGCUUAAAAAGUUGUCAUCUUGAGAGCAUUUUUUUCCAAAUUUUUAAGUAAAAA